CUGGAGCUCCAGCUGUAAGUGUGUGUGUGUGUGUGUGUGUGUGUGUGUGUGUGUGUGUGUGUAACUUAUCAGCUGUCUGUUUACCUGAACAGAGGAAGGUUGCCAAAAGAGAGUACAAUCAGUUUCCUUCUCUUCUCUGAGAGAGAGAGAGAGAGAGAGAGAGAGAGAGAGAGAGAGAGAGAGCAGCCCAGUGUGUUGCAGCAGUAUGAAAAGGCUCCAUGCCUGUGUGUGUGUGUGUGUGUGUGUGUGUGUGUGUGAUGAUUGGCGCCAUUACAGUGGGAUAAUUGGAGAAAGCUCAGAGGAAACGGUCUGUUUCUCUUUCGGAGAUGUCAGCCGCUGAUGGUCCGAACGGCACCGGAGCGUCUGCAGCCCCGGACUAUGAAUGGAGGUAUGAGUACUACGACGACGAGGAGCCGGUGUCUUUUGAAGGACUCAGAGCGCACCGCUACUCUAUAGUGAUCAGUUUCUGGGUCGGCCUGGCUGUCUUUGUCAUCUUUAUGUUUUUUCUGCUCGUGCUCCUGACCAAGACUGGAGCUCCACAUCCUGACGGCACUGGUCAGCCAUGUGAGACGCGGCCCCGUCUGAUCGGCUACAGGGACACCGACCUCAACAAUGGAGCCCCUCCUCGUCCUAGUGGCCUGGAUUCCUGCUCUCUCUCCUGGUGCUGUGUGUCCAAGGAGGUGAGCUCCAGAGCCCCGUGCAGCAUAGCUGGUGGUGUGGGUGAAGGAGGACGCCACAGGAGGCCCAGCAGCAGUCUGGAGAUGGGGGACGCCACGCUCCUGCAGGAGCUAGCGGUGACAGAUAAUGGGAUGGAGAAUGAAGCCAUCCUGCUGGCCCACUUCAACAUCCCCAACUGUGUGAACUCUGAGCACAGCUCAACGGUAGGGGAGGACGACCUGCUGCUGGGAGAGCCGGAGCUGCCAAUCAUCCUGGAGGGGCGGGAUCGCAGCGGCAGGAACCGUAAUGAUUUCACAUCAGCCUGGAGAGCUGAGAGCAGCUACUCAUCAAAUGUGAUCACUCAGCGGAUAUCUGAAGACAGCACUGGUUUCAUUGUGACUCAACUAGGGCUGGGGGUAAACGAUUAUUUCUUAAACCAUUAAUCGGGCGAUUAUUUUAUCGAUUAGUCGACUAAUCUAACGACUAAUUGGACGAUUAACGUGAGUUAGCUAACGUUAGACAGAUAACGUUAAAAGCUACUGCAAUCUUCUUGCUACCGUUAGCUAGAUCUAGCAGCUGUGCACUUUGGUGGUGCUAGGCUAACCAACGCGUCUGAGCUCUCUCUCUGAAACGGAGGCACCGCUUUGCCACUCGCGAAGGAGACAACAACAAGCACCAACGCUGGCCAAAUCAAUCUCAUGCCCGUGCAGCGCGCCGCGCAGCCCGAGCUCCGUGCACCCCGGUGGCACCAGCCAACCACCCCAGCCCCCCGCGCUGCCCGCCCGCGGCAGGCCAGCAGCCAAAACCCACGCCAGCCAACGUUAGCUACUAUAGAUAGCUGUGUUCUGCAGCUGUAAGCCGGCUACCAUUCAAGCCAACAUUAGAUUAUAACUAACGUUAACUAACCCAGCACGAACAAACCGCACGGAGAGCCAAGACAGCCAGCCAGCACCACCGAAGUGCGCAGAGCCCGAGCCACACAACACACCACACGAACAUGAAACCAACCCAGCCAACGCCAGCACCCACCCGCCACCGUCUCCUCCACGAGCGACAACGGGGCGCCUCCGCCCCAGAUGCUCCCACAUUGCCAAAUGGAGUUGGUAUACCACACCAGCACAACAGCAAAGAGCACAAAUAACCACACCUUUACUUUGGGACUAAAUUUGAAGUAUUCCCAUACCUUCGAUGAUUGAGGGCGAGCUGUUUUUUUAGGACUUUUUCUUUUAUUGGGGCUUUUAUUGGGAAUUCUGUGAGGAGGUUGCUGUUUCGUCCUCCAUUCUGCAAUGUUUUGGUCUCCCACGUGUGUGUGUAGAGCUGUGGCGAAGCGUCGACGUAGAAAUUUGACGUCAACGUAUUUUUGACGUUGACGCGUCGCUACAGGCCUAGACUAAACAUUGAUGGAUUAAGUGUUUACACCUCCGGACGUUCAAAUAUUCACCGACUGCUCACAGAAUACACCGACUGCCAAACCAGGGACUCACUGUCCUCCACAAAACCUCACUGUCCUUCUUAUUAGUGGAAACAGAAGACAGAAAGCUGCAGACUGGCAGCCCAUUGUGACACUCGCGUCAGAAAUCAGUGUUUCUUCUUGGUCCUGCAGGUGGAUGUUUGAUCUUCAGUGUGCAGAAUGAACAGAGGGACGCUCAUCCCUGUCCUCCUCCUCCUCUGUCUCUUACAGAGUAGGAGUGUAUGUGGACUGUCCUGCUGACACUCUGUUCUUCUACAGUGUCCUCUGACACAGUGAUCCACCUCCACACCUUCAACAGCACAUUAGUAAUGUCCAUACGGUCAGUGGUAAUGUGUCACAGUCAUAAUGUUCAAAUUUAUAAAGGAUAAAGUGUAUUCAUAUGUUUCAUAAUAUUGUUAUUAUUACUGUGUCUCUGUAUUCAUUGUAUAUAUUAAAUAUAUCUGUCUAUGUUACGUCUGACAUUUAAGACUUCACAUUGAAAUCUAAUGAUACAGUAGUUCAGUUCAAUGAAGCGUGCCCUCCAGUGGUCAGACUGAAUAACUGCAACGCUCUAUACAACUCUUAAUAUAUUAAAGCAGUUCACUGGUGUUAUUCAA